UUUGUAAUAUUUAUGAUUGAUCAUCAUUUUUCAGGCAAAAAUACGAACACUCAUUGGUUAUAUUUACAGCAAAUUUAACAACUUUGACUUUAUGGACUGUUAGAGGAAAUGGAAUAUGAGGAUGGACUUCAGGAAUUUGAAACUAUUUUCUGACAUUUUAAAGAUACUGACCCUCACACAAAAAGAAAUCUCUUGCACUUAAGACUGUGUACUCUUUCCAAACAGACUGACUUCUGGGUUCCAUCUACUCUUGAGUAGCGUACUAUUGAUUGAUUGCCUGGCUUGUUGAAUGAUGAUGAUGAUGAUGAUGAUAAUAACAAUAAUGAUCAUUCCUCUCUGCUACUAAAUGCCUGUGGGCUGCGCUGGCAGAAAUGUGACAUUAAUUUGUCCUUGUGGCAAAUGUUUGUGGUUUGGUUUGUUCAUGAAAAAGCUUUGGCACUGGCGUUAAAACUCUGUGUAGACCUCCCUCUUUCUCUCUCUCUUCUCUCUCUCUCCCUCUCUCUCUCUGUCCAUAUACUCCGCUAUACUCCGCUCACUACAUCCAGUCGCGGUUAACGGGCGUGCGGUUGCCAGGAGAGACGCGCGUACAGUACCGUGUACAGCUUUAACGGCAGAGCGGCACGGGCUCUCCCCCGCCAUUUCCUCGUGUCGAGCCCUGGAAUGUCGAGUAGCGGUUCGGGCUCUUCCUCGCGGAAGGAGUUCGAUGUGAAGCAGAUCCUCAGGAUCCGAUGGAGGUGGUUCGGUCACCCCGCGGUCCCUCCCCCUCACUCCCCGCCGCUCGGAGACUACUUCGCUGGGAGGAGAGCGGGUGGCAGCUCCGGAGACGGACCUUCAGUUAGCGGCUGUAGCAACUCGAAUUCAGCCAGCGCAAACCCCAGCGCCGGGGGUCACAGCGGGCUGGUGGCCAGCGGCAGCGCCGGGUCUAACCUGUGUAACAGCACCAACAGAAAGUUUGUUGAUCCGCCGGGGAGUCGGGGCGGACCGGGAGGAGCGGCAGUUGGAGCGACGGGGAGCUCCUGCCCCCGCUCCUUCAGCCAGCCAGAGUGUAGGAGCCCCGCCGCGGCGCUGUCGUGGGUAUCCCCGCCGCCUCAUCGUCGUUCCCGUCCGGCGACGAGCAUGGAGCCCCCCAGCGAGGCCCCGGUACCCCAGCUGGUACCCGAGCCACCCGCGCAUGUCGGGGCUGAGGAGGAGGCGGUGGCACCGGCAGCGUCGGGCACCGAGGACAACAACCACCCGGAAACAGACUCCAGCUCCUGCAGGACAUCUAACAGCAGCGCCACACUGUCCUCAUGCGUGUCCUUGGAGCCGUGUGCGUGUCCAGAGGAGUGUAUGUUCACCGCUCUGUCUCACGCCGACGUCACCUUCCGGAAGAUGGAGGGCUACCUGAGGUCCCGACAGCUGUGUGACGUCAUACUGGUGGCUGGAGACAGGCGGAUACCUGCGCACAGACUGGUCCUCUCAUCCGUGUCGGACUACUUUGCAGCCAUGUUCACCAGUGAUGUGAGGGAGGCCAAGCAGGACGAGGUGAAAAUGGAAGGAGUGGACCCUGAUGCAUUGUGGGUCCUGGUGCAGUAUGCAUACACAGGCCGUCUCGAGUUGAGGGAGGACACCAUUGAGUCUCUGCUGUCAGCCUCAUGCCUGCUGCAGUUGUCGUCAGUGGUUCAGGCCUGCUGUUCAUUCCUCAUGAAGCAGCUCCACCCCUCCAACUGUCUGGGUAUCCGCUCCUACGCCGACGCUCAGGGCUGCAAUGACCUGCAGAGGGCCGCUCACGCCUACACCAUGGAGCACUUUUUAGAGGUGGUGGGAGGCCAAGAGUUCCUGUUGCUCCCAGUGGAGGAGAUGGAGAGGCUGCUCACGUCCGAUGAUGUCAACGUGCCAGACGAGGAAACUGUGGUAACCUCUUUGCUAACCUGGGUCCGUCAUGACGCUGCCACACGACAACGUCAGCUACCCUUGUUGCUGGCUCACAUCCGACUGCCACUGCUGCAGCCACAGUUCUUAGCAGACCUGGAGUCCAAUCCUCUGCUGCGGGACAGUAUGGAAUGCCAGCGGCUGCUAAUGGAGGGAAUGAAGUAUCACCUCUUGCCGCAGCGCCGCCCCCUUCUUCAGAGUCCCCGCACCCGGCCCCGCAAGGCCACUGUUGGGGCCAUGUUUGCUGUAGGGGGGAUGGAUGCUACAAAAGGUGCUACCAGUAUUGAACAGUACUGUCUCCGCCGGGACACAUGGAGGCAGGUAGCCACUAUGAGUGGCCGGAGACUGCAGUUUGGUGUAGCUGUCCUUGACGGCCGUCUCUAUGUGGUGGGCGGCCGUGAUGGACUCAAGACCCUCAACACUGUGGAGUGUUACAACCCGCACAGCAAGACCUGGAGCGUCAUGCCUCCCAUGUCCACACACAGGCAUGGCUUAGGUGUAGCUGUCCUAGAGGGGCCCAUGUAUGCAGUAGGAGGACAUGAUGGCUGGAGCUACCUCAGCACAGUGGAAAGGUGGGACCCCCAAGCUCGCCAGUGGAGCUUUGUUGCAAGUAUGGCAACACCCAGAAGCACAGUGGGAGUAGCUGUACUCAAUGGCAAGUUAUAUGCAGUAGGAGGUCGUGACGGCUCAUCCUGCCUGCGUUCAGUGGAGUGUUUCGACCCCCACACCAACAGAUGGAGUGGUUGUGCUCCUAUGGCUAAAAGGCGUGGAGGUGUGGGUGUGGCCACAUGGCAUGGCUUCCUGUACGCCAUUGGAGGUCAUGAUGCUCCGGCCUCAUCCCUUGCAUCGCGGCUAAGUGACUGUGUGGAGAGGUAUGACCCUCAGACAGAUGUGUGGACGGCAGUUGCCCCCAUGAGCAUCAGCAGAGAUGCUGUUGGGGUUUGUCUCCUUGGCGACCGUCUCUAUGCUGUGGGUGGUUAUGAUGGGCAGGUGUAUCUCAACACUGUAGAAGCCUACGACCCACAGACGAAUGAGUGGACACAGGUAGCACCUCUGUGUCUGGGCAGGGCUGGAGCAUGUGUGGUGGCCGUCAGACUGUGAAAACACAAACACUAACAUUCAACGCCGGACUGUGCAUGACCUGGCUCAGACAGAGACCGUCUUCUUUGUCAUCACUGACUUGGUCACUGAAGUUACAACAACAAACCCAUCUGCCUGCCAGCAUGUACCUGAUACCGGGAAGUGAGAGACUGAUUACUGAACACACUUCAGGUUUUUAGACUUCGGCAAAGUCAGAUUUAACUCUCCGUAACGAUUGCCUAUCCUUCAUUUUAAUGUUCAUGGUUAGGCUGUGGUUAUACCAUGUGUCAGGUUUCUGAUAGAGUUUUUAUAUUUGAAGAUCCUGAUAACUUCUGACACAGAAAUGAACUGCCACCGACACCAGUGGUGAAGGAGAAUCUGCAAUGUUUAUCUGAGCAUGACAGAACAACUGUCUUGCAGCUUUUUUUUCCUGCCCAUUAUUUUGUUCCUGUAGACAAGGUGGGACACACACACACACACACACACACACACACACACACACACACACACACACACACACACACACACACACACACAGAAACCUACAUGGUUGCUUUCAGCUUCUAUUUCUGCUGACAAAAGGUGAGAGAGACAGAGGGAGAUUGUCAAGACCGUUGAGGUGCCUCAUCAUUUUUCUCCUAACAGCAUCUGAUAGCGUGUAUUGAUGCUAUUUUAAUAUAUUCCCUAUUAUUUUAUGCUGCAGUUGGCGAGUUGCUCUCCUCGUCUUUCUUUCCCUUUCUCGCCCGCUGACAGAUGAAAGAAAGACUUUUGACAUAAUCAGCACAACCUUACGAACAGCCAUACUGUAAGAAACUGUGACACUCUUUAUUCUUUUCAGUCAAAAACAUAUCAUCAUGCUUUUAUCUAAUAUUUCUCUGUGUAUGUCUUCCAUGUUGCAUCAGCUCACAUCUGAAGCACACAGAUACUGUGAUGUGCAAUUUAUUGUAGCUUUUUUUGUACAAGCUCCAAUGGCAAAUUAUCCAACUUUUUCUUUUUCUUUUAUUUUUGGCUGGACCACAGCAUGCAAGGCCAGCCCUGAAACACUAAAGUCUGUCCAUGAGUGAGCGAUGAAGUUACAUCAUUGAUGCGAGUCAGUGAUGUCAUAAGUGUUGGUGUUUCUCCAUUGGCUGUUAGUCUCUUGACAUGAAUAUUCCCUGACUGAGCCAUGGGUGCUGUCAGUCCUGUAUUACUUUAUUCCUCAUUUUAUGUACUCAGGUGUAGCACGAUAGCAUGGUGGAAUUAGCAAGCUAGCUAGCUAGCUAACUAGCUCGCCACUACAUGAGUGAAAUUUAACAACUUAAUGCUUCAUCCACACACUCUUGUCACAAUAACAGAAAGCACGUUGCUUUUAUCAGAUGAGUGGCAACUUUGUCCAGCUCAUUUUCUGUAACCACUGUUACGUUAGCAUAAAAGUAUGGUGGAAUUGGCACGCAAGGUAGCUAACUAGCCAGCUGUGUUUGAAAUGGCAAAUUCUGACGGAAGAAAGAGAGGAUCACCUCAUCAGUUUGUUUGAGGAACAAGCCUUAAAAUUUAUUAGUAACGUUAAUGACUAUUACAGGUUACAGUGUCGGAACGGGUGCCAUCACUGUGAGAAAUUUGAAAUUAGAUGUCAGAAUGGGUGCACCUACCUUAGUAACAAUCUGAAACUAGAGGUUGACCAGUUAAUUGGUUUGGCCAAUUAAUUGGCAUCCAAAGGACGUUAUUGGCAGAACUUGGCUCUGAUAGUGACCGAUUGUUGCAAAGCCUCAGCUAGUGAGGAUGUACGUCACUGACCGAAGUGGAGGACAACGUAUCCUCAUACAAUGGUUCGUAUAUCCUACAACAUUGCACACACAACAGUAAGAGUAAUAUCCUAUGAAUAAGCACCCCAUGGAUGACAUUGCAUUCUUGAUGUAAAGUUAUGUAAUUAACGUAAAGUCACAGAGGUUAGGUUUAGGUAAGUUAAGUGAAGGAGGUUAGGUUACGAAAAGAAACAAGGUAAGGACAUGCCUUAAAAUGACUCAGAGUUCACAUGGGUUUGAAUACCGGUCUUUUGGGGAAGCCAUGAGGGAAAGUCCUUUGUUUUGUGACCUAUCCACAGCCCCAAUCUGCCUUCUAAGUGGACCGCUCUAGACAGCUUCCUUUUUCACUAACGUCAGUGCAUUUGUCAUGUGAUGGCAGCCUUCCAAAAUAUGCGGUUUAUGCACAAAUUACUGGCUCAUGAUUACAUGGGAUGUGUACGAAUUUCGGUGCAUUACUUUUCAUAAGAAAAUGUACGCACAGUGCAUGAGAACAGCCUGUCCUAGGGUAGCAAAGGAAUGACCCGCCCUCCUCUUCCUCAUAUUGACUACGACUUGUUGCUUUCAUUGAUUGGGUUGGUUAGGUUUAGGCAAGAGGAGUGGGAUUGGUUUGGGUAAGUGUAAGAAUGUCAGGGUAAGCCAAUCAGAAGCAGAGUUAGACAGAGUAGAGAGGUCUAUCCUCUGUAUCCUGGGGAACGCAAAUUCACAAAGAGAGGAGGGUUGUGUUAGAUAAUUAGCAGAUGCAGCUCUAGAGAAAGCAGCUCUCUUCUGCUGUGUGACUCUGUCAAAGUUUAUUGUUCCUCAUUUUAACAUUUAUUUACAUGAAAUUUUGGGCUGGACCACAGUGAGGCAAAGUCCAUGGCUGAGUGCAUGUCACCACUUCCUGUUUUAAAUUAAAAGCCCUCCAGACUGUCAUUCACGGUCCAGUCAUUGACUAGGUUUUGACCUGUUCUUGUUAACUUUGUCAGUCUGCCAUUGUUCACAUAAUUGUGGUCCAUAAAGCACUGUUAUUGGGUUUAUAACCUGAGUAAUAAUACUAAGAGUAGCAGUGGUCCUUUGUUGAUCCCUGUAGGGAAAUUUUGCUUUCAAUUUCCAACAGAGCACAGGGUCAGCUAUUUAAAGGCUUGGUUUUACACAGUGUCAGUGAUCUGUCCUACCUCCCUCUUUUCUGCUGAUUCCUCUGUGUGUGUGUGUGUGUGUGUGUGUGUGUGAGAUUGCAAGGUCUAUAUUUUUAUCUCAAAUGAGAAUCUUCCCCCUUCCCCUCUCCACAUGUUCAAUUCCCUGCUGCUUUCUCUUUAGCCCCAUUUUCCCAUUUCAUCACCGCACACUCACACAGACACACACACACACAUUCACACAAAUGCACGCAUCACUGUGUUUCAGAGCAGAAUUGGAGACCCAGACAAAAUGAACAACAGACCAUAUAAUGAGACCAUGAAUUUAAUAACGUUGAUUCAGCCGGUGCCGACGUUUUGUUUGAUGUCGAGUUCAAAGCGUUAUUAGAUUUGAUGUCGCUGCAGACAAAGUAUCAGACAUUAGCAGAAAAUGAAUCCUGGGAAACGACCUCAUGUCUUCAUCUUUGUGGGCUUGUUUGAGUUUUAAACUUACAUGUCAAGAAACCUCAAGAAUACAAAGAUGCUGACUGCAGGUUCAAUACUGACACACGCCACCAUCAUUUUAUGCUGUAUACUUAAUAGUAUAUUUCCCCUGUGUAGCUCGAUCUGCUUGUGUGUGUGUGUGUGUGUGUGUGUGUGUGUGUGUGUGUGUGUGUGUGUGUGUGUGUGUGUUUGCGUGUUUGCUUGUGUGUGUUUAGUGUACAGACCUCCUGACAGUGAGAGGCAAAGCAGGCAUCCUGUCUGAACUGACAGAUCUAGAGCUAAUGUAGCCCCCAGGAUGCACUUCACAAACACACACAGACAUAUCACAUACACACUCACUCACUCACACACACACUUGUACAAAGACACACUUAACCACACAGCUGAAAGCCAAGUGCCCCAGGAGCUGGUGAAGAUUGAAAAGCCUCCCAGAUUUGCCGGCAUGACAUCUAAAAAGCAGAGACGGAGCAGGCUAGCGAUUCCCCACAGCCGAGCUGAUGUUUAUUCAAGUCUAAUGCACUGCUGCAUUAUUCUAUUUUCUUCCCCUUCAAACAUGCCCGCUGUUUAUUUAGAGAGUAAUUCUCUUUAGAUCAGAGCAGAAGAAGUGUGUCACCUCCACCGUGUAGAGGUAGUCAGAGAGUUUGAUUUUAGUCAGAGGUUAAAACUAAAGACAGACAUUCCAAAUCAAACUAUGUAUUUCAUGUAUAUUAUGUACAUAAAUAAAUCUCAGAUCUGUAUGUAGUCUUAUUGCAUUAUGCUGUAUAUUACACACUAAAUCUGCAAUGUGUUAUUGUGCGUUUCUUUUUGUACCAUGAAUUGAGAUGAAGAAGAGGCAAUAAAAUGACACUCCAUGAGAAAUGGUACAGCUGCUCAUCUCCUCUUUUUGUACCAGAAUAUUGCACCUCCUCUUUUACAAUAUAAAUGAUGUAUGUACAAUAUAUGCUGCUGUAAUAUGCUGUUAUUGGUCUUUUAUACAUUAAAGUCAA